UUGGACUAUCUUCAUACCAAAUGUCAAAUUAUUCACACUGACAUUAAACCAGAAAAUAUAUUACUCGAAGUUGAUGAAAAUUAUAUUCGUAGAUUAGCGAUUGAAGCAACACACUUAUCUAAACUAGGAAUGAAACUACCCGGUUCUUUGGUUUGCACAGCUCCGCAAGAUUUAUUUGAUACAUCAGAUAGCACAUUAAUGACCAAUGAGACUAGCAAUAAGACAUCAGUGAAUAAAAACAAAACAAUCAUGAGAAGAGCUAUCUCUUGUCCUGAUAAUCAAAAAUCAGUGCCUGAUCCUGCUAAUGAAAUUUGUGAUAUAAGAGUGAAAAUUGCUGAUCUUGGAAAUGCUUGUUGGAUAGACCACCAUUUCACUGAAGAUAUUCAAACUCGUCAAUAUCGAUGCUUAGAAGUAAUUCUUGGUGCAGGUUAUUCAGCUCCAGCUGAUAUAUGGAGUACAGCAUGUAUGGCAUUUGAAUUGGCUACUGGAGAUUAUUUAUUUGAACCUCAUUCAGGACAAGACUACACCAGAGAUGAAGAUCAUUUAGCUCAUAUAAUUGAACUUUUAGGUGACAUACCACGGCACAUUGCUUUAAGUGGAACGUACUCUAAAGAUUAUUUCAACAGAAGAGGUCAACUUCGAAGUAUAAUAUCUUUCAAGCCAUGGGGUCUUUUUGAAGUUUUAACUCAGAAAUAUAAAUGGGAACCUCAAAUCGCCCAAGAAUUUACUGAUUUCUUAAAACCUAUGCUCGAAUAUGAUCCAGAAAAACGUGCUAAAGCAUCAGAUUGUCUCGCUCAUCCGUUUUUAGCUGACUGUGAUACAGAUUUAUCUUAACGAAAAAGAAUUAAAAGAUUAACUAAAAGGGAAAAUUUUAUACUCAGCCUAAAGUUGUGUUUCAAAAAAGUUCGUUGUAAAUGUAAAUGAGUAAUGAUUAGGGUGGAAGAAAGAGAUUUGCUCUGAAGAAAAUAUUUGAAGAUGUGCGCAUUUUUAGCCUUGAGUGUUUUAACUUGUUCGAUAGACGAGUAUAAAUAGAGUGAGUUUUCCAAUUGUGGCCAUCAGUUCAAUCUUUGAGUUAAAUCUAGUGAUAUACUUUCAUUUCUCGUGAAAAUUUUACUUUGUUUCUUCAAAACUCACACACACACACACCAACACACCUCAUCAACAUGAAAUUCAUCAUUGUAAACUUUUUGCUAUGUGCAACUUUAAUUUCAAUGGUCAGCGCCUUUAAAAAAGUCAAAGUUGUUGAAGUCGAGAGUAGCAAGGUCCAUGGUCAGCGAUGACAAAACAAAAGGCUGAAGCUGCUGGUUUAAUUGCUGGAACAGCUACUGGAUUAUUUAAAAAACGCAAAUCACCCAAAGUAUCUACAAGCCUGUUAAACUUGAGGAGCCCAAAAUGAAAAUCAAAUAUAUAAGUGUUGUCAAACCAGUGUUGGUACGCGUUGAACCAGAAAAACCUCAAGAGACUUUAUAUAAAAGGAUUGUAACUAAAGAAGAAAAGAAGCCAACUGGACUCAAAUACCUUCCCGGUUUUAUUAAAGGAUUCUUCAAGGGAAAGGUUAUAGGAAAAGCAAUCUCUAAAACAUUGUAAUUUACUAAAUAUUUCAAAUAAAUUAUUAAAUAUAUGAUCUACA